ACUUUGAAGUUGCAACCCCUAUUUAAGCGAUCCAUCACCUACCAGAUGAAGGAUGAUUUAGACUUAGCUGAUGAAGCGGUUCGUUUUGGAAGGCAACAUGAGUUCGCAGACAUUAAUUGGUACCCGAGUCAACGCAAGGCAAUCUAUCGAAUUGAUGACCGUGUUUCCUCUAACACAUCUGGCAAUGGUCUCUAUGAUUACACUCCAUUCCGCUCCACCCUUACAGCUACAUUGGCAAUCAUCAGAACUACAGAGGAGAAUCAAGAAUCAACGAAUGAUGCUAAUGGCAAGUGCAUUGGGGCAAUGCUUGUGACUUCAACGCUAAGGAACAGUGCGUUUGGCUUAACCAAUAAUGGUAUCCUCUUUACGGGCUAUCCUGUAAUUGGAUUUCAGAAUCGUCUUCAAUCAUCGGGGACCUGCCUUGAUAGUCCCCAAGAUAAGUUAAUCACAGCUUGCUCUUGGGACUCUAGAAUCAAGGGCGAGUUCUUUCACCAAACUACUUUCACUAUUGGGUUGUCUGUCGUCAAAAACUUCAUUGAAGAUGUACAAAAACUAGUUGCUUUGGAGCCCAAAUCAUUGUGUGGUCUAGAGCUUUACAAUGGAAUUCUGAUGCGCUAUGUUAAAGCUUCGAGUGCUUACUUGGGAAAACAAGAGGAUUCAAUAGAUUUCGAUAUCUCAUAUUACCGAAGCAAAGACCCAAUGACUCCUAGGCUUUAUGAAGAUAUUCUUGAAGAAAUUGAACAAAUGGCGGUGUUCAAGUAUGGAGGACUGCCUCAUUGGGGAAAAAAUAGGAACCUAGUGUUUGAUGGGGUGAUCAAAAAAUACAAAAAUGCUGGAAAAUUCAUAAAGAUUAAAGAGAAGUACGAUUCUUUAGGGCUCUUCUCUAGUGAGUGGACAGACCAAGUUCUCGGAUUGAAAGGUGGGGUGAAUAUAGUCAAGGAUGGGUGUGCACUUGAAGGGUUGUGUAUAUGCUCACAAGACAGCCAUUGUGCCCCUAGCAAAGGCUAUUUAUGUAGACCUGGCAAAAUUUAUCCGGAUGCAAGAGUUUGUACUCGUACAAGUUCUAAGAGGCUCAUUUGACUCUAUUAGUGAGACAAUAUAUGAUCACUUCAUAUGGUGUGAUUGACUCUGGUUGAAGCAUUCAGACCAGAGGUCUCUCUUAUUCUUUUAGAAAUAUUAUAUAUUGUAUCAUAAAUUUGCACGUAUUCUUUAUACUGUAGUUGCUAUGUGUAAAAUAAAAAUUAAAAAUCAGAAGUUACUUUCAACUGUUGGUUAGUUAUAUGUUCUUAGGUUGUACAACUUUGAUAAGAAAAAGGACGUACUCUAUGUUUAGUUAAGGUGUUAUAUGAAUUAGUGUCAGAGUUAAUUAUGAAA